UGUUGGUAUUAUUCACGACUAAGUCUUCCCGAAUAGUAUCGGCGAGUGACGAGCGCGAGAUGCGAUGGCGCCCAUCACCACCGCCUCCAACGAAGAAACUCAUGCCGCCCUCCUCGACGCCCUCGACAUGCAAAAAGUGCCCAAACCCUUCCGUAACCCCCAUUACCGCGCACCACAACGCCGCAACAAGAACCUCAAGCAAAUCCUUUCCGAAGCCCAGCGCGCUCAGCAGAGUGUCCUGAACACACAGCAAAACUCUGGCGCAGUGACUCCCCAAACCACUGUAGAAGGCGACCCGGCAUCCGCAAGCUUGAACCCUAACCCAGCGCAAGGGAGCCAGGACCUCAACCGUCUGGUACUGGAGAAGAACGCCCAGCAAAGCAACGGCACUGGCGCCGCUGCGACGUUGAGCGUGGGUCUACCUACUUCGUCAACGGGACCCAGCGUAACAUAUACGAGCAUCCAAGCUGCGCCGAGCAAGAAGCCCAAGAAGAAGUACUGCGAUAUCACGGGCUUGCCCACGACGUAUACGGAUCCGAAGACGGGCUUGAAUUACUACAAUGCGGAGAUGUUCAAGGUCGUGAGGGGUUUGUCUACGGGUCAGAUACAGGAGUACUUGGCGUUGAGGAACGCGAAUACGGUCUUGAAGUGAAAGGCUGUCAACCAAGCAUGGCCGCGAACCACUCAUCUAGAGACCGCAUGAUAGUGCAAGUUACACUUGACCCACUGGCAGAUACACUACUGUGAGAGGCAGGAAGGACCCAUAUUGAGUGUCUGCGCACAUGAGAACUAGCGCGAGAAUUGCCGGUGAAGGUUUCGAGUACCGAGGGGUAGUAGAAAGGUGGUACAGGAUGAUUAACGA